AUGACCGACCCAAAAGCAACCAUCCGAGGACCGUCUCAGCCCCCUCUCCGCUCCUGUACCAUAGGACAGCUUUUAAGCCAACAAGCCACCACCUUCCCCGAGAGACACGCUAUCGUGGCUUUCAGCACCGGCGUGAGGCGGGAUUAUGACCAUCUCAAUCUCCGAACCAGAGACAUCGCCCGCGCCCUCGUGGCCGCUGGGAUCUGCUAUGGUGAUAAGAUUGCCAUCCUCCUAGGGGACUGUGAGACCUACGUGGAGCUCUUCUUUGCUGCUGCUAGGAUUGGAGCCAUUGCCGUCCUGAUCCAAGGGUCAUACUCCGUAGUCGAGACUCUCAAUGUUCUCCAGGCGAGUGAAAGCUGUAUGUUGUUCAUCUCCGCCAGCCUCGGCAAUGAAGCCUCGAGUGCAUUCCUAGAUCAAUUUCAAGGCCUUGUCGGGAGUAGAACCCUAGGGCAGCGGGUUCCCCGGUUGAAGACUAUCGUGCAGAUUGACGAUGAUAGCCCGACACUGACCAGCAUAUUCACACCUUGGAGGACAUUUCUCCAGCGGACCAGCCUCGUUACCCUAUCACACCUUACCUGUCUCGAGGAAAAGGUUGCUAGUGAUGCCGUUUGCGCGUUUUUGCUCACCAGCGGUACGACGGGGAGUCCCAAGAUCGCAAUGUUAACACACUCAAACAUCAUCAACAACGCUUUUCUGACUGGGGAUCGGAUCCGCCUGGCUGCCAACGAUCGGAUCUGCUGCUGCUUCCCCCUGUUCCACUGUGCUGGGCUCAUCUGCGGCAUGAUGGCCUGCCUUGUUCACGGGGCUUCACUGAUCCUCCCCGCAGCCCGAUUCAGUGCCAGCACCGCUCUGAAAUGUCUCCGCGUGGAGCAGUGCACUGGUCUGCACGGAGUUCCAACCAUGUUUAACGCAAUCCUUCAGAAGGCACGCGCACAGACUGCCCCUCCUGGUCCCUCGCCCCAUCUUCGAACCGGAAUCAUAGGCGGCUCCUCCCCGUCCGAGUCUCUCUGGACCGCACUCCAGCAGGAGUUUGGGCUCAAGGAUCUCGCACAAGGUUUUGGGAUGACAGAAACCUCUGCCGCCGCGUUCCUGUCGCCACCGCGUAUGGGAGAGAGUAGAUCACUGCCAGGCCAGCUGCAGAUUCUACCCCACACAUCGGCCAAGGUGGUUGAUGUCCAGGGAAAGGUCGUUGCUCGGGGCGAGCGAGGCGAGCUGUAUGUCUCCGGCUAUCUGUUGCUGAAAGGAUACUUCAAGAACCGGGAGAGAGCCCACGACGCGAUGGUCUGGGAGGAUGGAGAGCUAUGGUUUCGGACGGGAGAUGAAGUGCUGAUUGACACCUGCGGGAACUUGCAAGUAACGGGUCGAAUCAAAGACAUAAUUAUUCGAGGUGGAGAAAACAUCUAUCCUCAGGAAAUUGAGGGCCGCUUGGAGGAGCACAGGUCCAUCGCGCAGGCCUGUGUGUUAGGAGUAGCCGAUGACCACUACGGGCAGGUGGUUGCGGCCUUUCUACAACAAUUACCCAGCACCGUCCGCCCCUCGGAUGCAGAGUUGGUGGAAUGGGUUCAAAUGACCCUCAGCCCGGUAAAAGCCCCGGCUCGCAUAUUCUGGUUGGGGACCGACGGUCUGCCGGACACCUUUCCUCUCACUGGCAGCGGUAAGAUCCGCAAAAAUGUACUCCAGCAGCUAAUUGAGUAG